AUGGGGGGCGUAAUUCCCCAAGGUCACUCAGUCUUGACCGGGUGUUUUUGCAUGGUUCUCCGGUUGUUCCUCAUCUCCGUGCUCAACAAAUUGACCUGCCUAUAUCGUUUGGGACGCUUAUUGAGUAGACAGACUUGCUGGCUUUACGUUUCUCUAGUUCUCCAGACGACGACACUCACUUCCCCAACUUCGGCGUCCACAGUACUUCCUAGUUUAUGCACCAAGUACCAGCCAGGGCCUCUGUUGAGUGUAGCGAAUUGUGCACAUGUGCAACAACAGGGUGUACUUUCAACAAGUUGGUCACGCUUUGCACCGAACCCCUCCGUUUCGACGGAAACUUUUUCGGAUCUGAUACUGCAUCUGGAUCUAGUGAGGGAGCAUGUUUCAAAGAACCGAUCACAAUUGACAUCACGUUCCUCCAAGUCACUGCCGACGGCAGUUUGCGGGGGCAAUCGCUCGUCCCUGCUGGCCUCAACCCAUACGAGCAAAAACCAGUUCUUCUCCUCUGGUUACCCCCCCUGUCACCUCAGAUGUGCAUGUUUUCUGUCUUUUGGGCGAUCGGUUUUGGGGGCAUGCUCAGGUAGACAAGAUCAUCUUCCUUGUUUGCAGCUGUCACGACACAUCAUUGGCUCUUUGUCGGGGAAUUGGGAUAGGCAGACACCGUCAGUCGCGAAGGCCUCCUCCCUUGUGUGUACAGGGCGUAGCCUCGAAGGGGAUAGCGAGUGGUUCGUCGCUGCUCCGUUUCGUGUCACGCGCUCAGGCCCCAAGGCAACCCGUAACUCGUUCGUUUUGCCAUCGAAAAGCGCCUUCCCUCCACAUCCUGAAGAUGGUGGAGAUCGCACAAGGAGAGUGCGAGACUGGGAAGACGGGUCCAUGAAUAGCCUAGCGGCCAUGCGGCGGCAAAACCAACAGCUGUGCCCGCUUGAAGCCACGACACCAUCCAGUAUAUCUCGUCGUCAGCCAGGCAUUUGUCGAGCGGCGCUUGGGAAAGCAACAGGGAACGUGGGGCACGGGUGGAUAGAACUUCGAAAUGGAGAGCGCAGGGACGAGAAUGGAGACGACUCAACUGGUCAUUCAACUUCAUGCAUUCGAGGCGCUCGCGAGGAAAAGAACAAAAACGAACGUCAAGAAGACACGAGCGCUUCCGACCCGAGGCCUCAUCCUGAACAGCAUGCGCCCCAGCCAUCCUUCGGCAACUACCAUGAGCAUGUUCCAGUUAUGGUCCAGGAAGUUCUUCAGUACCUCAUCACCGCCAAGGACGGGGUGUAUGUAGACUGCACAGCGGGCGGCGGUGGCCAUGUUGAAGCUAUCUGGAGGGCCGUGGCAUCCGAGGGUGGAAGGCUGCUAGCCAUUGAUAGAGACGAAGAAGCAGUGGAAGCCACGCGAAACCGCCUGAGGCAACUUCAGGCUCGCGAAGGAUGCGAUCUAGGCGAUACGACCUGCACGAACCCCCGAGAGGACAAAGUCGUGCACGGCACAGAGAGCGCAAAGACAGACCCUGGCAGCUCUUCGGUGGAGAAGCAGGUGCACGUCUCCCGACACUUUCCGCCACACAGGAACGGGAGUUCGUUCGAAAGGCAACAGGGACGGAUGAUGGGGACCGAGGGAAGAGGGGCGUUCGGAAAAGGCACGCCUGCUGAACGGCCGUCGGUAAUUGUCCUGCAAAGUUCGUUUGCUGACUUGCCACACGCCCUUCGGAGGGCGAUGAAUACUUGGCAGGGCUCUCCUGGCACUGUGCAAGCGUUUUCAGAAGCGGCUCUACCCCGGCGAAGGACACACGGGAAAAGUGCUUCACAAGCCCUCAGAGACUCUCGGCAGGCAGCCGAGAGUGGAAAGGGAAACAAGAGGCCGAGCAAGGAAGACGGGCCGGCGAGCAGAGCCGGCACUGGAGAGAAGAGAGAAAAGCUGCACACAAAAUUGGAUCUCCAGGCACCUCAAGAGCCGGCGCAGUGCAGUUACGGCGAUCCACCCGAGGUUGCUGCCUUGUAUGAAGGUUUGCAAGGCACUGUUGACGGGAUUUUCGCUGAUCUGGGUGUCUCGACACAUCAAUUGAAUGCGGCGCAUAGAGGCUUCUCGCAUAGCAUACCGGGCCCGCUUGAUAUGCGUUUCGGAAGGGACAAGUCGAGUGCGUGUGGCGCUGUAGCUUCUCCCACGAGCUGUCCAAACGGCGUGGACAAUGCCGACGAAAGCUGCAUAGCAGCAGACGAGACAGCUCUACAUGGACGAUUACAAAGGGGCGCUGUGACCCAAGGUGGGGCGCCAAGAAACGCCGCCUCAAGCGACAGCUGCUUGGAAAACACUUUUUCCGACAUCUGCGUGAGUGGUCCUGGUGGAGCUCUUGAUGCGGCACAGGUCGUGAACGGCCUGCCACAGGCAGCUCUCGCCUCAAUUUUCAAGCUCUAUGGAGAGGAACCUCUUGCCGAGUUAAUAGCCGCGUGCAUCGUACGGCAUCGAGAGACGCGCGGUACACUGAGGGCGACGGAGGAGCUGAGGGAAAUCGUUGAAGGCUGCUGUCGAUAUCGGAACCCGCAGUUUAUUAUCAAGACUUGCUCGAGAGUUUUCCAGAUGUACGUCAAUCAAGAGCUGGAAGUCCUGGACCUCCUCCUGACGCAUGCCGAACGUCUCCUUAAACCAGGCGGUCGCCUAGUUAUUCUUUCUUAUCACUCUUUAGAAGACCGGCUCAUCAAGCAGCGUUUGAAGCGCAUCACUCAGGGCUCUGGUUGGACUGCUGCAAAUUCCUGCCGAAGGGGUUUCUUCUCUUCGCGACACCGGCCAACAGGGGCGGACACUCCAGGCGAAUUCGGGUCGGUUACCUCGGCCGAGCGCGGACCAAAAUCUGCAGAGAUGCAUCAACAGCUGUCGCGCUUUCUUGGGACUGUCCUAUCAGAUGCGGUUUUUGCGCAGGAAGCUGCUAAAUCUGGCAGCUUCCUUGAUGCAGAUGAGGCUCAGAGGGCGUUAUUUGGUUUGAGUGGGACGCGCACCGACGCAGAAAACAAGGUUUGGCAUUUAUUGUUGAAGAAGCCUCUGAAGCCCAAGGAGGAGGAAGUGCUUCGAAAUCGGCGGGCGCGAAGUGCAAAGAUGCGCGUGGCAGCAAAACUGCCGUACUCCCAGGUCCAGAUCAUGCAAAGGCCUUGA